AUGGAUAGUCACGAAGAAACCCCUGAAGAACUAGAAUCAGUUCCCCAAGAGGAGUUUAUUGAGGUUGAUGAAGUUGCGCAAGAGGUUGGUGACGAUGCUGAGGAUAAAAUGAUGGAUAUAGACGAUGAAGAUGGGGAGGAAACUAUUGAGAUUGAUAUGUCCAACAAUUCCUGGAGUUAUUUUGACGAACACAGCGAUUCAGUAUUUACGGUUUCCCACCACCCCUCGUUGCCGCUUGCUGUUACAGGUGGUGGAGAUAAUAGGGCGAGACUUUGGACAAGUCAUCAUAAGGAGGUCAAAGUGGUCUCGACAGUGGAACACAGUGAGUCUGUUAUCCAAGCUGCAUUUACCGCGAGUGGAAAAUAUCUUGUGACGAUGGACAUGAAUGGACAAGUUUUAGUGCAUAAGAGCAUGAAGGGCGGAGCCAAGUGGAAGAAAAUAGCCGAGCUGCAGGAGGUGGACGAGAUAGUUUGGGGUGAAGUACAUCCUCGUAAAGACGGUUAUUUUGCCUUUGGUGCGGUUGAUGGGUCUGUUUGGUGUUACCAGAUCGAUGAGGCAAGCGACACGCUUGUGCAUUUGAUGAGCGGAUACAUGCAUUCGCAGGACUGCACUAUGGGACGCUUUAUUGACGAGAAAUCUCAAGAGGAUAUGCUGACGUUGGUGACGUGUUCGCUAGAUAGCACUAUUGUGGGGUGGAACUGUUUUACCGGACAGUCCGUUUUUAAGGUAACCUCGUCUGAAUUGAAAGGUCUGGAGACACCGUGGAUCACACUGUCUUAUGCACCAGCAGAGUUGACGAAGGGGACACCGAUUGUAGCAUGUGGUUCUGACAAUGGUGUGCUAGUUAUUAUCAACGGUCAAACGGGUGCAGUGCUGCACAUGUCUGCAGUAGUUGAGGUUAAGGAAGGUGAAGAAAAGAUGGAUGCUUCCAUCGAGUCUAUUACCUGGUCUGCAAAGAGGAGUCUGAUGGCCCUUGGACUGGUAUCAGGAGAGAUUUUGCUUUACGACACGCAGACCUGGAGGACCAGACACAAGUUUGUGUUGCCAGACUCAGUCACGAAGCUGAAGUUUGAUGAUGCUACCGGCAACUUCUUGUUCGCCUCAUGUAUAGUGGGAAAGGUGUACCAGUUUGACGCUAGAUCGGGCCAGGAAGUCCAUGUAUUCGUUGGGCACAACCUGGGAGUGUUAGACUUCGUGUUGGUGGAAGACAAGAAGAGGCUGAUUACAGCAGGUGAUGAGGGAGUCUCACUUAUUUUCGAGUACCAAUAG